AUGAGUUCAUUUCUUAUAAUAGCUGACAAGGAUGGAAGAAAUAUACCUUCACUAGCGGCUAUUGCGCUCUCUAUCCGAUCUAAGGCUAUCCAGGAUAGUCGAUGUUACUUAAUGAAUGGCGGUGCUGUAGAGAGCUUCUUCAUCGGCGAAGAUACACCCGUUGGUAGUAUAAUAGGCACAUUAAGCGUAAAUGGAGACCCGGAAGACGAGUCCGGGAAUAUAUCCCUUAAGUUGCAAGAACGCGGGGCAGCGGUGGGUAUCGCUCCUGGGACCAAGAACAUCACGCUGCUCAGAGUUCUCGAUCGGGAGGAAAAGUUGGGUCCCUCCAGCGUGUACGUCAACGUGCGCUGUGACAGGCGGCACACAGCUGAUCCUAGUUUCGUGAUACCUGUAUCAGUACGGGUAUGGGAUGUGAAUGAUAACGCGCCAGUCUGGUCAGGAGCUCCCUAUCGCGCUCGUGUGUCUGAGCUCAGCGCUGUUGGAGCCCGAGUUGCAGCCGCUACUGCCACAGAUCCGGACCAACCAGGACCACAUGCAACUGUCCAUUACUCUGUGCUGCCGGGACCACACUCUGAGUACAUAAAGUUCCUUCACGAAUUGGAUAGUACGCUGGUCAUCGCCAAGCCAUUGGACUACGAGCGUGUUCACAAUCUGACGUUGCAUUUGAGGGCCAGAGACGCGGGAACCCCACCGCGAUACAACGACACCACAUUGUACGUGGAAGUGCUGGACGCGGAUGACCAAAACCCCAAGUUUGAGCAUGAGCACUAUGUUGCUGUGAUACCUGAUGAUGCUCAGGACGGGACGGAACUGGAGACGAAUCCAGGGCCAAUCAAAGCAUGGGAUCAGGAUGAAGGCAUCAACGCGCCUCUGGUGUUUUCCGCUUCUGGACCUGGUGCUGAAAGGCUGCGCGUAAGCCGAGACACUGGUCGUCUCGCUGCCACUGCUCUGCUGCUGGAAAACCUGCCUCUUACUGUUGUACUCAAGGCGAUGCAAGUGGACAACCCAGACCGAUACGCUAUGGUCACACCUGGAGUCACAGCUGCAGCUGAGCAGAAAGAGAUAAAAUUCACACGAAAAGAGUACGUCGCACGACUGCCAGAGGACGCGGCCGUGGGAACGUUGGUACUCACACUUAACACUUCCCCGCAUACUGAUCGUCCCCUCCAGUUCUACGUAUCAGAGCGCAGUUUCUUGGAGAAGUUCGCGAUCAACUCUUUAGGCGAGGUGCUAUUACGAAAGCCCUUGGACUACGAGACUGCUGCCACCUACUACUACCAAGUCAUGGUGACAGAUGGCGCUACUAACGAUACAGCAUCAUUAAACAUAACCGUAGACAAUGUGAAUGAGUGGGAGCCGCGAUUCCGGUAUCCCCUCUACGAGUUCCGCGCUGAUUUGGACUCGGGGCAAGAUGGAGGUAAUGGCCAAAGUGGGGCAAGCGCGGGGCUCAUCAAAGUGGGGCAGUUAGACGUAUACGAUGGUGAUGCUCAAGAUAGUGUUACACUGACUUUAAGAGGACUUCAUGCACCGUUUUUCUACGUGAACGCGGCGGGUGAGUUGUUCCUGCGUGGUGAGGCGGUGGCGUCACUCAACACUACGGUGCUGCAUCUAGUGGCCACCGCACACGAUUCCGGCGCACCGCCAAGACAGAGUUCGGUCCCAGUAGCAGUACACGUAAGUGGUGCGGGUCUGGGUGCGGAAGUGACGUCAGCAAGUGCCAGUGGUGUCUUGGCUACUUUUGUUGUGGCGUUGGUGCUUCUGGCUUUGGCUGUGUGUGCACUACUAAUAUAUAUUUGUACAGUCCGUCGCCGUAGCCCCAAAGGUGGUCCCGAAACGACAGACAAGCUAAGUAGCGGAGUAGUAGCGGCUACUAGCGGAUCUUUACAGAGCGUGUCGGCGGGCGCCACUACUAUACUCGAUUCCACCUCCAGCCUUGAUAUACGGCAAGAGCAGAAUAACGUAAAACACUCACAGCGCGGGCCAGGUAAAAGUAAGGUGGCCCCAUCUCCACCUGAAGCGAUAAGUGGAGCGGAACGGACAGCGGGAGCGGGAGCGGCGCUUAUGAGCGAUCACAUAGCGGGCGCGGCGGGACGAUCGGGCGUCGCCUGGCCUAGUACGGUAAUUCCUGCACGCGUUAAGAAGCUUAGCUGGGACGAUAACCGUCACACGGAAGCAAACGAGCGUGACUCCGUAGCGGAAGCGACAAAUCCAGCACUCGCUGAACAUAUGAAUCUCACCGUCUACUUCUGA